ACAUACAAACUUUGAUUUGCUUCAUAGAUUAUAUCAUAUCAAGCAAAAAAUGUUUGAUUUCUUUCCUUUCAUUUUAUCAUCUCUCUUGCUAGGACUAGGACUCCAUUUUCUUGUAAAAGCACUUGGAAAACACGAGCCUGCAAGUUUACCCCAUGGAAGUAUGGGUUUGCCUUUGCUUGGGGAGACUCUUGGUUUCCUUAAGCCUCACAGAUCAAACUCCAUGGGAAGUUUUCUGCAAGAACAUUGCUCCAGAUAUGGGAGAGUGUUCAAAUCUCAUCUAUUUGGCUCCCCAACCAUUGUGUCGUGCGACCAUGAGCUUAACAUGCUUAUUCUUCAAACUGAGGAGAAGCUAUUUCAGGUCAGCUACCCCAAGGCCAUGCAUGGAAUCCUUGGCAAAUUCUCUAUGAUAAUUGUUUCUGGGGAUAUUCAUAAGAAGCUACGAAACAUUGGCGCCAGCUUUAUCACUGCCUCUAAAUCGAACCCGGAGUUCCUUAAUUGCAUGGAGAAUAUGACAAUCUCGAUGAUGAAUUCAUGGAGAAAUCGUCAGCGAAUUGGCUUCUGUAAAGAAGUUAAAAAGUUCACACUCAAUCUUAUGGUGAAACAUCUUUUAAGUAUUGAACCAGAAGAGCCACUGGCCUUCAAGAUCCUGGAAGAUUUUCUAACCUACAUGAAAGGGUUCGUGUCUUUGCCAGUUUACCUCCCUGGUACAGCUUAUGCCAAUGCAGUUAAGGCUAGGGAAAGGCUUUCUGCAACUGUUGGAGGAAUCAUAAAAGAAAGGAAAACGGAGAAGCUGAGGCAUGACAAAGGAGAUUUCUUGGACGCAGUUUUAACGAAAGAGAGUCUAAGUGAUGAAGAAACAGUAAGCGUCGUGUUGGACCUGUUGCUUGCGGGUUAUGAAACAACAGCAACACUCACGUCCUUGAUUGUCUACUUUCUUGCCCUUCAUCCAAAUGUUUUACAACAUUUAAAGCGAGAACAUGAUGCAAUAAGGAUAAACAAAAAGAAUGGUGAACCCUUGAACUGGGGAGAUUACCAGAAAAUGGUGUUCACUUUCAAUGUUAUUUACGAAUCUAUGAGGUGUGGAAAUGUAGUCAAAUUUCUCCACCGGGUUGCCCUUCAAGAUGUCAAAUUUAAAGGAUAUUUCAUUCCUGCGGGAUGGAAGAUACUUCCAAUGUUGACUGCAGUUCACUUUGAUCCCUCUCUUCACGAAAAUCCUACGGAGUUCAAUCCUUGGAGAUGGACUGACAAAGCAACGACCAAAAAGGUGAUGCCAUUUGGUGGUGGUCCUCGGUUAUGUCCAGGGGCAGACCUUGCUAAAGUAGAAAUUGCUUUCUUCCUUCAUCAUCUUGUCCUCAAUUAUAGGUGGAAAACAUUGGCAGAUGACUUCCCUCUUGCCUACCCUUAUGUGGAGUUCAAGAGAGGAUUGCUUUUGGAGAUUGAGCCAAUACAAGACAUGGAAACCUGACAAGUAGUAUUUAAAGUAUGCAUAACGUAGUGUUUGAGCUAUAAAACCACAUAUGAUUUGUUAGAUGUAAAGUUCAGAGUUAUGGGAAAAUGCCUUUGUCAA